CACAAGUCGCAGCGACAUCGACGCCGUCUCGAGCGGCUCUUCACACAACUCGCCGCAGCUAUGGCGAUUCAAAAGAAGCACGCCAAGGCGCGUCUGGACAAAUACUAUUACCUGGCGAAGGAGAAAGGCUACCGCUCCCGUGCGGCGUUCAAGCUGAUUCAACUGAACAAAAAGUUUUCAUUCCUGCAAAACUCGAAAUGUCUAAUCGAUCUGUGCGCGGCACCCGGAGGAUGGCUGCAAGUUGCAGCAGAGAUCAUGCCACAGAAGAGCUUGAUUGUGGGUGUGGAUCUGAGUCCGAUCAAGCCCAUUCCCAAAACCAUCACGUUCCAGAGCGACAUCACCACCGAUAAAUGCCGAGCGACGAUCCGAGGACAUUUGAAGACGUGGAAAGCAGAUUGUGUAAUUCACGAUGGUGCGCCAAAUGUCGGAACAGCUUGGGUGCAGGAUGCUUUCAGCCAGAACGAGCUCGUGCUCAGUUCGCUGAAAUUGGCCACCGAAUUCCUUGCGCCGAAUGGAGCUUUUGUAACGAAGGUCUUCCGUAGCAAGGAUAGUGCCAAACUGGAGUGGAUCUUCAAGCAGUUGUUUGCGAAAGUGGAGCAGACAAAACCACCCAGCAGUAGAAAUGUGUCUGCAGAGACGUUCUACGUGUGUCGAGGGUACAAAGCGCCGAAGCACCUGGACCCCAAAUUCUUGGACCCUCAUUAUGCGUUCAUGGAUGUCAAGGAGAAGAGCGAGAGUGCAGAGGCAAAAGUCUUCAACCCAGAGAAGAAGAAAAGGAAAAGAGAAGGUUACGAGGAGGGAGACUGGACACAAUUCCACGAGGCCGCUGCAUAUGAAUUUGUGCAGUCGCAGGAUCCGAUUGAAAUGCUGGGCACGCUCAACAGGAUACACUUCCAACAGGACGGUGAGAAUAGCAUUGCGCAAGCCGCUUUGGACAAGAUGCCCGAGACCUCAGAGGAGGUGCGAAGGAAUUGUUCGGAUCUCAAAGUGCUGGGGCGCGCAGAUUUCAAGCUGUUGCUGCGCUGGAGAUUGAAGGCACGAGAGCGCUUCGGCUUGAAAGAGAAGAAGACGGACCACACAAAGGCUGCUCCAUCGCAAGACAAGGCCGAAGGUGAAGAAGGAGAAGAGGUGGCAGUAGUAGAGUCGAUGGAUGAAGAAAUGCGACUCCGGGAAGAGAUGCAAGCGUUGAAGGAGCAGCAAGAUAAACACAAGAAGAAGGAAAGGAGACGAGAGAACGAAAAGAAACAGCGGGAGAUCGUUCGAAUGCAGAUGGGUAUGACUACGCCUUCAGAAAUUGGUAUCGAGGCUGGUUUGCAAGGUGGGGAUGCCGUCUUCCAGCUGAGAGACGCGGAUAAAGAUCCUUCGAUACGCCGACAAAUAGUCAAGGGCCGCAUGACUGCUCUUGUGGAACCUGAGAAACCGCAAGAAGAGCCGAGUGAAGAUGAAGAUUCAGACGAGGACGGAGACAGACUGGAAAGGGAGCUGGACAACAUGUACCAGCAGUACCAAGAAAAACUGGAGGAUCGCGACACCAAAGCUCGCGCAAAGCGUGCACGAAAAGCCGCCGGCAAAGACCGAGAAGACGCUUUUGAGGGCUUUGACGACGACGAGGAAGCUGCGGACAGCGAUGCCAGCGAGGACUAUGCGAUGGUGCAGGAUGAGGAUAAUUCUGACUGGAGCGACGAAGAAAACGAAGGACUUACAACAGACCUACGUUCAAAACAGAAAGAGGGUGCGUUGAGCAGUCGGGCAGCGUCAUUCUUCCAGCAGGAUGUCUUUAGCGGUAUCGACGGCCUCGAUGGUCUUGACGAGGAGGACGAUGAAGAAGAUGAUGCGGAUAAGGCACGCGAUAGCGGCAUCGAUGUCGAUUCGCCAGAAAUUGGUGCUACCGCGGAAGAUGCUGCAAUGGAGCUAUCUGGUUCAGAAGACGGCGAGGACGAGGAAGCAUCAGGUUCCGAGAUCGAAGAGGUGGCUGGCGAGGACGAAGACGAUGACUGGGAAGAAGGCACCACGCGCGCAUCGUCGAGAGACGAUCAUCGAACAAAUAUCCAAAUCAGCACCGCAGAAGCUAUGACUCUCGCGCAUCAGCUUGCCACCGGAAAGGUCACGAAGCAGCAGCUCCUGGAUGACAAUUUCAACAAGUACUCCUUGCGCGAUGUGGAUGGCCUGCCGGAAUGGUUUCUCGAUGAUGAGAACAAACAUGCACGACCCCAACGUCCGGUGACAAAAGAGGCCGCUGCCGCUAUCAAGGAGAAGAUGCGAGCCGUCAAUGCACGUCCGAUCAAGAAAGUUCGUGAGGCCAAGGCACGCAAGACCCUUCGAGCCGCGAGGCGCCUCGAGAAGCUCAAGAAGAAGUCAGAGGGUCUCGCUGAAGACGGCGAGGGCACUGAGCGUGACAAGGCCAACCAGAUUAGCAAGCUCAUGGCCAAGGCCAGCAAAUCUGGGAAGAAGAAGCAGCCAGUGAAGGUCAUCCGAGCUGGCGGCCACAACAAGGGCCAAGGCAGACCGAGAGGUGUGAAGGGCAAGUAUAAGAUGGUUGAUCCACGUCUGAAGAAGGACGUGAGGGGUCUGAAGAGGGCCGAGAAGAAGCAGAAGAAGAAGUAAUCUUUAGAUAGACAGUUGAGCCAUUCUAUAUCAAAAAGUACAGGCCGCCAGCCUACAGAGGCGCAAGUUGCACCCUCGACAAGCCCGCUUUGAGCAUUCAGACCAACAUAGCAGAAAAAUUCUAUACGGAGA